UGAAUUUCGUGUGAAUAUUCUGAUUUCAGAUCCCCAAUUGAAAACCCUACUUUUUGUUAAUUUCUAUUUCUAUAAUUUCUCCUCCUAGGUAUAAUAUCUUCAAUUUCAAUUACUCUGGUUAAACAAACCGUAGUUUUUGAGGGUUAUUUAUUGAUUUGGCAACAUGCCGGCCACAGCGGGGAGGGUUCGCAUGCCGGCGAACAACCGGGUGCACAGUAGCGCUGCCUUACAGACUCAUGGCAUAUGGCAGAGCGCAAUCGGGUAUGAUCCCUAUGCGCCGAACAAAGAUGAGAAGAGGAUCAAUUCGUCCGAGGUGAAUACAGCAUCGGAGCCCGACCCUGAGAAUGCCUAUGCUAGUUUCCAGGGCCUUCUUGCUCUUGCCCGUAUCACGGGGUCGAAUGCGGAUGAGGCUCGUGGAUCGUGCAAGAAAUGUGGCCGUGUUGGGCACUUGACGUUUCAGUGUCGGAAUUUUUUGAGUGCGAAGGAAGAGGUUAAGGAGGGGAAGGAUUCAGAGGCGAUUGAGGCUGCGGUUUUGUACGGCUUGGAGAAGUUGAAGGGCGAGAGAAUGAAAGGGAAGGGAAAGACUGUGACGGAGAAAGUGGAAAGCAGUGAGGAGGAAGAGGAGGAGAGUGAGAGUUCAGAUUCUGAUUAUGAUUCUGAGAUUGAGAGGGCGAUAGCUGGAAAAUAUGGGAAAAGAGUUAGUCGAAGUAAGGCAAAGGCUAGUAAAAGUAGGAAGAGGAAGGAUGAUGAUGGGACAGAAUCGGAUUGUAGAGAUAGAAAGAGAAAAGGUAAGUCAAAGAAGAGGAGUGGGAAGAGGGCGCACAGCGAUUCUGAGGAUGAGGAUGAAGUAAACAGGAAGAGGAGAAAGGAGAAGAGAAGGAAAAGAGACUCAUCAGAUGACGAUGAAGAAGAACGCAGGCGAAGGAGGGGGAGGAGUAGGAGAAAGGAGAAGAGCAGAGGAAGGAGUCAGUGGUAUUCAGAAGAUGAUUCACCUAAGGAUUCUGCUGAAAAGAGGCAUAAGCGGAACAGUAGGGCAUCCUCAGAAUCCGCUUCUGAUGACAGUGGCUUGGAUGAUGGUCUAGUGCGCAGGCACAAGAAGCGGUCUGAGAAAAAGAAGAGAAAACAUCAUCAUGAAUAGGAAGAUUGGCUUCUGACGAAGGUGAUAUAGCACGAUAAUUUUAUUGCAUCUUAUUUUGCAAGAUCUUGUGUUGGCUACAUGGGAUCUUGAAAAUACUUGAUGAGAAAUCUAAUGGGAAUGGCAUGCACUUUACAGGGAUCUGUAUUCUCUAGAGCAUUGAAUUCUGUUGUUUUAUCCUAUUAGCUUUGGUUUAAUUACAUCUAUUGUAUUUGUUUAAGUAUGAUUCCUCUUUUGAUGUAAGAACUCUUUAUCUGAGAUAAACUACUGUUACAUCUUUGAUGAUUAUUGCAUUGGUGAUUAACUA